AUGUCGCCCUCGCGACCCGCGCGAGAUGUGGGAGCCGUCGCCGUGGUCAUCGCGGCUUCCAUGGACGCCGAAUCCAUGGACGCCGAAUCCAAUAUGUUCUCGUCCGGCUCUUGCCAGCUAUCCGACCCGGCCCGGGCAGCACGGUCGAGAGGGGUCGCCUUUGGAGCCUGCACGCCCUGGCUCCUUGGUGCUUCAUCAUCUUCGUCUCCCUCUGGUCCAAAAGAGUUCCCGCGGCUUCGAUCUGUGGCUGAACGUGGCUUCGGCACGGCCGUUGAAGAUGCUGCUGAUGCUGGCCUGCUGCUGCUGCGGAAGACGCAGCCGAUGCCGGCCUAUCGGUGGGCGGCAGCGGGGCCGCGUAGGCCGAAGGACCCGACUUCAGCCCUGCAGAAGAAGGCCUCGACUCUCCCCCUGCCGCUGCGGAAGACGCAGCCGAUGCCGGCCUAUCGUCGUCGCGUCAACACUACCCGCCGCCGGCGUCAUGGCGGCCUUCGCGCCAUAUCCCUCCUGUGCGUCCUCCUCCUCGGCUCCCGCGAAUGCGGCCUCACGGGUAAUCCGUCCAGCCCAAGCUUGUUGUCCGACGGCUAA